CAUGAUCAAAGAGUUUCUACAGCCACGAAGAGAGUCAGUACUUGUAGAAGACAAGGAGAAGGUUUCCAUGAUGCUUCCCAUGAGAGUGAUCGAUCAGCCCGAGCUUUCUCUAGGACCCUCUAUAUCAGUUAACUUGGAAUCAGAUGCAAAUUUUUGCAAGAAGCGGAAGCAUAGUACUUGGGACGGGUCCCUGAGUGCUACUCAGAGAAGCAUUGAGCUCCAGCUCAAUGAUCCCUUGCCCAUGGAUUGGGAGCAGUGCCUAGACCUACAAUCUGGGAGGAUGUACUACUUGAAUAGGAAGACAUUGCAGAAGAGUUGGGUGAGGCCAAGGGAGCAAAAUCUAGACUUGGAGCUCAACAUUUCAACUCUCCCAAGCUCGAAAGUGAAGAAUCAAGCCAGCUCUAAUACUACUAAUACAAGUCAAGGACAGCAUCCCAUAAAGGAUACAAAUUCAAGCAGCAGCAUGGUUGCAGUUGCCUGCCGCAACUGCCACCUCCUCGUCAUGCUCUCAAAGUCUUCGCCCUCAUGCCCAAAUUGCAAAUAUGUGCACUCGUUGCCCCAUCCUGAACUUAGAAAGAUUGAGGCUGUGAAGCCAUUGGAAACUCUAAGCCUACUGCAUUAGAUUCCAAGAGGAAGAAGAUAAGGAAGACUCCAGUAGAAAUAAGAAACCACCUUGUUGAUAGCACGUAAUGUAACCAUGUAAUGUAACCAUAGACAGAUGUUUAGGAACUUGUAUGAUUAUGAACUUUCUUAUUGUCAACUA